AUGGAGCAGAACCCGCCCAGCUCGUCUCACGGGCAGGGACAGCAACGCGCCCAGCCGCAGUAUGAUACCAAUCACGGAGGACACUAUGGUACGUGGUCCAAAUCACAGCAAACACCCUGUCCUGCGACCUUGAAGACGCUUGCGGCUCAAGGCUAUGCGCCCGUUGCGGAAUUCUACACAGGCGCAUGGGCAAAUGUCAACCAAGGCCUCCACGGCACCUACAAAGAUAUCCUGACCACUUACUGGCAGCAUGUAAUCACCCACCUCGAAUCCGAAACCCACGACUACAAACUGCACCAACUGCCGCUGGCCCGCAUCAAGAAAGUCAUGAAAGCGGAUCCAGAAGUGAAGAUGAUCAGUGCCGAGGCACCGAUUCUUUUUGCCAAAGGCUGCGACAUCUUUAUCACCGAGCUGACGAUGCGCGCCUGGAUCCACGCAGAAGAGAACAAGCGCCGCACCCUGCAACGCAGCGACAUCGCCUCCGCCCUCGCCAAGUCCGACAUGUUCGACUUCCUCAUCGACAUCGUGCCGCGCGAAGAAGCUGCCUCGCACGCCCGUAAAGCCACAGCAGGCUCCGCUCCUCAGGGCGUGCCCCCGGCAGGAACCCAGAUCCCCGCGCAGCAUGUACAGGGCCAUCCGGGCCACAAUGCUAUGCCGCCGCCGGACUACGGCAUCGGUGGUGGCCAUGGGAUCCCCCAGGCCGACGACUAUAGGGGCGGCAUGUACGCGACGCAGGUCCAGCCCGGUCCGCCGGCUGCGUAUGGGGCACCGGGUCAGCAGAUGUAUGCUGGUGAGAUGGAGAGCAUUUAUGGGUAUCCGCCCAUGCAGGCGCAGCAGAUGUACCACGUCCCGCAACAACGCCCGCAAGACCCAUCAGUCGGCCAGGACGCAGGGCACAAUUAUCCGCGCCAUGACGGCGGAGAAGGAGACGCUGAUGCAGAAGGCGAGCGGGACUACGAGGUUGGUUAA